AUGGAUACUGGAUCAGAACAGUACAUGGCAAUGUUCCAGCCAACAGUCCAUGGGAUGGGAAACCCAAGCCUCAAAGUGUCAGCUGUGAGGUCACAGAGUUCACUGGCUCACCCCACCACACCAGAGAAUAUUGGAUACUCCAGCGGCAACACUUCCCAAAACCCCAGAAAUCAAAUUCAGAGUGUCAUCAGCUCUGACAGCAGUGGCGGCUCUUCUGAAUGUCCUGUUUUUAUUUAUAGUCAGCCAUUCACUGUGUUCACCGAAGGUCAAAGUUCAUUCCGAACUCCGAGGCCAUUCCACCCUGCCCCACCAGUGUUUGAUGCCCUGGGGAGGCAAAUGAAUGCUUCCAUGCCCAACGAUCACAACAUGUUUAGAACUUCUUUCGGUGCAAGUGGGCAGUUCCACCAAGAUGGCUGCUAUAAUGUUUCUAGAGGACAGUUAGCGAGAAGCAAAUCACUGCCUAUCCACCGCAUUCAGACCAAAUCUAUGGUGCACACACGAAGCAUGGAUGCUCAGCCUCCUGUUGAGAACUUAGAAACAGAACUGUUAACUCUGGAAGGAUGGAAUCCCCAUGUUAAUGGAGAUACAAUUCAGGAGACAAUGGACAAGUUCAAAUCUCCGGAUGGUAAUUAUAUCAUAUGGAAAAGUCGCAGACACAACAAGUUUGUCAUUUCUGUGAGUUAUUUGAAUCAACUGUUUCAUUUUCGAGUAGACGAAAUGACAUCACAGAACAAUGGAAGAACCGUCUAUUUCCUGUUUGAGGGAGGUUACUCAUCUGAAAGUUUCCUGGAUCUGCUGCAGCACUACAAGCAGAAUGGCAUCAGGAUAUCCAUGCAGUCAGCGGGCAAGCAGAAGACGUACAUCGAGAACAUUCAUCUACUGUGCCCUCUCAAGGUGACAACACAGAUGGUAAGGAAGGGUACCUGGAAACUGAAGUGA